AGCUUCAGCCGUGAGCCGGCAGACCGUCUAUGGAGGAUGAUGGGGCUGUGGACGCUGCUUCUCCUGCAUCUGCACCUGGCAGUUUGCAUUUCCCUCCCGGAACCAUCCAACGUUUCCAUCUCCUCCUUCAACAUGGAGCACAUCCUCAGCUUCUCUCCGGGCCCUCGGACCCCGACGGAUGCCCACUUCCAGGUUCAGUUCUACAGCUUCAGGACGCGGCGGUGGAAAGCUGUGGUCGGGUGCGAGCAGCUGAUGGCCGGGCAGACGUGCAAUUUAACCGACGGGUUGGGGGACGUGUUUGACCAGUACAUGGCCCGAGUCCGGGCCGUCAGAACCAACCAGACCUCCAACUGGACCAGAAGCAGGGAGUUCCAGCCUCUGGCAGACAAGGCUCUUCUCCGUCUCCAGCUGACGUUUCCUGGCUUCUUCUCUAUAUUUCAGUUCAAAAUGGAGGUUCCCUACAAACAGAAAACCGUGAUCUCGUAUCUGCAGCCGGGCGUGGAAUACUGCGUCUUCGCCUCCUUCAGGUCCUUCGUCAACCGCAGCAGCAUCUCCAGUGAGCUCCACUGCGCCUUCACCAGUCCUCCUCCACCCAAACAUAUGUUGUCGCUGGUCCUCGGCCUGUUUGGGGGUUUUACUCUAGUGGUGGUCCUCGUCGUGGCUCGGGUAUUCUUCAGGAGCAAGGUUGAAAAGCCUUAUUUGCCCUGCAUGAGGUCGACAUCGCAGCCGUACAUCUGCCUGAUGAGCUCUCUGACUGAGGAGGACUGAGAUACGACCUGAGGAAACUAGACCUUCUGUUGAUUUGACUUCAUCCGCUGGAUGGAAGAUAUUCAUCAAAUGUUUACUUUAUUUGUGGAGUUUUACUCAGGGAUCAAGCCUCCCCCCCCUGCUUGAGGGGAUUACUGUACAUUCCUGUAAAAUAAUCCUGGUUGAUCAGAACAGAGACUGAUCCGGAGUGUCUGAUUCAUCCUUCCUCUCUGACGGUUUGUUUCUGUGGUUCUUUUUCUCACUUGUUGAAGGUUUCUCUAUCUGUGCCAUUUAAAUCAAUGAAGAACGGAUCUGUUAUGUUUGGUGAGUCUGAAUGAAGAUCUGAGCCUUUUGUUUGUUAGUAAAUGCAAGAACAUGAAAUAAAUACACAGGUUAUUUUUCUACAUUUUAUUAAGUCUCUGAAUUCUACAUUUAUAAUGUUUUCGUAAAGUCUGAUUCAUGUCAUAGAGAAGCUAAAUGUUUGUUUAAAUGGAGCAACCUGAGCCUUAGCUUCAGCUUGACCUCAAAUGCUGACAAAAAUGAAAAAUCCAGACUAACAUGGCGGGAUCAGGGUGUGUUUGAUCAAAUCAGGGGUGAAGAAGGUUUCAAUGCAGUUUUAGAUCAACAGACGGUCAGGCUAAACCCUGGCCUAAACCAGCUUCCACUUUAACACCUGGCCACGCCCAUACUCGCCAAAAAUAACAAGAACAAAAAUAUUGCCUUUACAUGAGUAAUAAAAACAUCAGUACUUGAGGAAAAUGGAGGGAAUGUAUGAGCUUUACUAAAGAAAUACAAUGACUGGAAGGAUUUCUUUUUUUCUGAUGCAGUUUAUUGUU